AUGUUGCUCAUCAUCGGCGUAACCGCCUUGAUCAUUUGGAGAUUCGGAAACGCCACACCAUCUUCUCCCCUCUCCCCAUCACCACCACCCUACGGUAAAUUCCCCAAACCCAACGACCCCUUCCAAUUCCUGCCAUGUACUAGCGAGACUUUGCCGCCUGCGCUGGAAGAUCCAAAUCCUGAGAAGACCUGGGCAGCGAAGUUUGAUCCUGAUCCUGGGCAUUGGAGUUGGGGGAAUGCCACGACGAACUCUGCGUCCGAGCAUGAUGAGUAUCAGGGACGGGGCAUCUAUUUAUGUGGGUAUCUUGAUGUGCCGUUGGAUUAUACGAAUGCUUCCGAUGGGCGGAUUGUGAGGUUGGCGGUGAAUAAGUUUCAGGUUUCGGGGCUUGCUAAAGUGAACGAAGAUGGUGGUGGCAGGGGGAGGAAAAGUGAGAGGACGAUCGUGUUGAAUCCUGGGGGUCCUGGCGGGAGUGGGACGAGUUAUCUGUGGAGGGGGGCGGAGGGUGUUACAGAGAGGUUUAGUGGGGGUGUGUUUGAUGUGCUUGGGUGGGAUCCGAGAGGUGUCAACGCCUCGCUGCCGAGUAUGGCCUGCUUCCCUGCCGACGCGGAUCGCGAUCGAUACUCACUCCUCAGCAACCAAGCUCACGACGAAUCGACUUCGCCUCUCGCGCAGCUGAGAGUCGCUGAUGCCAUCAACAAUGCUACAUUCGCCGCCUGCAAGGAAAUCCAUGGUGAUCUACCCCGUUUCCUUGGAACGGCGUUUGUUGCUCGUGACCUUGAGCAGAUCCGCAUUGCUUUGGGAGAACCUGAGCUGACGGGCUAUUUGGUCAGCUAUGGGACUGGGAUUGGACAGACGUACGCCAAUAUGUUCCCGAACAGCGUUGGGAGGAUCAUCCUCGAUGGGACUGAGUAUGUUCGGGACCACAGGUUGCUCGGAGGGUUUGGCUGGACUGCCCUUGACAACGGCACCGAUGCGUGGCACGAUGGGUUCCUAUCCGAAUGUAUCGCCGCAGGACCAGAGCACUGCGCCCUCGCAAAGCCACUAAACCCAUCCAGCAAGAACGUCACCCUCGAAGACCUACAGAACCGAAUCUUUACCCUCCUAGACUCCCUAAUCGCCAACCCCCUCCCAGCCUACACAACCCACAGCGGCCCCUCCCUCAUAACCUACUCGACCCUCGUCAGCGCCCUCUACGGCGCCAUGUACUCCGCCCUCACCUGGCCCAGCCUCGCGCUCGCCCUGUCCGAGUUCGAAAAGCAAAACACCACCCUCAUGGCCCGCAUGCUCGACCGCGCCGAAUGGGAAUACGACCCAACCCUCCCCUGCCCCGCCACACGCCGAAAACCCCACACGGACGAACUCACCGCCCUCGUCAUCUGCGCCGACUCCCACGACGCGCCACUCCCCCCUUUCACCCCCAAAGACGCCCAAACCGACCCCGACGGCCUCCGCUGGUGGACCUCCCUCUGGAAAAACAUGACCGCGCAAAGCUGGAUCGCAGGCGAUUCCCGCUUCUACAACGUCUUCCCCUGUCGACACUACACCUCGACCUUCGGCGCCGCCGUCGGCGCCUACCGCGGAGAUCUGAACCAUACCCUCGCGCACCCGGUGCUCCUCGUCGCGGAGACGUACGAUCCCGCGACGCCGCUGCGCAAUGGACGGCGGUUGCUGGCGGAGAUGGGCGAGAAUGCAAGGUUGGUCGUGCAUCAUGGCUAUGGGCAUAGUAGUCGGGAUACGUCGGCGUGUACGGAGAGGAUUUUGAGGGAGUUUGUUUUGGAGGGGGUCGUGCCGGAGGGGAGGGAGACGGAGUGUUGGGCGGAUGGGAAGCCGUAUCGGUAUGGGGAGGGGGAGGGGGAGGUGGUGUUGGGGGAAAGUGGUGGGGGGUUGGAUCCGAGUGCGGAGGCGUUGAGGGUUUGGAGGGAGGAGAUGGCUGAGUUGAGGGGGGUGCAGCCGGGGUUGUUUAGAUAG